GUUGUUUAAAAACUUUAUCUAUUGAUGAAAAAUUUAAACUAAUAAAGGAAGUAGAAAUGGGUGCGCGAAAAAAAGAUGUAGCUGUAAAGUAUGCUAUUCCGGCAAAUACAGUGUCAACUAUUUUAAAAAAUAAACAAACGGUUAUUACUGCAAUCGAAAGUGGUGGUGCAAGUGGGAGUUCAAAGAGACUAAAAAAGCCAACAUACGUAAAUGUGGACAAAGCAGUUUUAGAAUGGUUUAAAUCGGCAAGAACACGGAAUUUGCCUAUAUCCGGAGGAUUACUUAAAGAAAAAGCAUUGGAAUUUAGUCAAAAAUUAGAACAACCGAAUUUCAAGGCAAGCACUGGUUGGCUCGAUAAUUGGAAACGAAGAUCUGGUAUAUGUCAUAAAAAGGCGUGUGGUGAGAGUAAUAAUGUAAGCGAAGAAGACUGUAUGAAAUGGCAACGUGAUGUUUUACCUUAUUUAUUAGAAGGUUAUCAAGCACGGGACGUAUUCAAUGCAGACGAGACGGGCUUAUUCUUUAAAUGUCUUCCAGAUAACACCUCAACUCUUAAAAACCAGAAAUGCCAUGGAGGAAAGCACAGUAAACAGAGAGUUACGUUGAUGAUUGCCGCAAACAUGGAUGGAUCAGAAAAAUUGAAAUUACUCUUGAUAGCCGGCUUCGGUCAAUAUUCUGAAUGGCAGGAAGAAGAUGAUAUUCCUUUGGUUUUCAUAAGCGAACGCAUAAAAGAAAAGAGUAAGGAAGAAAUUCAACUGCAGAAUGAAUAUGAAGCUUGGCAAAAUAUCAAAAGUACAGAAGGUGUCACCUUUAAUGAUUUUAUGCAUGUGGAUGACGAUAUUGUUACUUCAGAGUUUCCCACAGAUGAAGAUAUUGUAGAGCUAUUGGUCCCUAAAUCCGAAUUUGAGCAUGAUAGCGAAAGUGAUAUAGAAGAUGAUUUGCAAGAUGAUAUGCUGCAACCAGUUUCAAACGAGCUAGUUGAAAAUUCGUUCAAGAUUUUGCGGUCAUAUUUAAAAACCAAUGAACAUACAACCGAUUCUCUGUACAAUGGUUUAAAUAAUAUUGAAGCUUUUUUUGAAGAUCAGAAUAAAAAAUCCUCUCGUCAAUCCCAAAUAACUGACUUUUUUACUUUAAACGAAUGA